CCACCCCUUGGGGACCGCAAUUGCAACACUGAGGAGGUGACAUCAUGGCACUUCUCCCUUGGAAACGCAAAGCUGCUCUUGGCCACUUCCUUUCUCUGCAGCUGUCUCACUGUCCCCAAGCUGCUCCUGCCUCAUGGCACCAAUGGCGGUGGCCCUCAUCCUGGGUGAGUGACCAUGGGGACGUGGUGCCACGGGGGUUGGUGGCCCAGUGUGGGACCAGGACCGUGUCCCUUGCAGGUUGGUGGCUGGUGGCAGCGAGCAGGGCACAGCAACUGCCCCGACCCUCCCUGUCACUGCACCCCAGCCAGGGGGUGUCCCUGGGGGACACUGUCACCCUGUGCUGCCACCUACCCCAGCCAGCUGCCAGGGUCGAACUGUACCAGGAAGAAAAGUUGAGAUCCAGCAAGGAAAUGGACCAGGAGCAUGACGUGGCUGAGUUCUCCUUGGCUGGAAUUAAGCAGGAAGAUGCAGUGAGAUAUCAGUGCCAGUACCAGGGGUUGGAGCCUGUAGGGACAUCGGAGAAGAGUGACCCCGUGGAGCUGUUGGUGACAGAUCACAGGUAUCCCCCACCUGGCAUUUCCCUGGGACCCAGAGAAUAUGUGGAGAUGGAGACCAACAUCACCAUCCAGUGCUGGAACCAGCAAUACGGGGGCACCAUCUUCCUGCACAAGGACGGGCACUCAGCCCCUAUCCAGCACCAGGAACCCGAUGGUGGGGGCACUGCCACCUUCAUCCUCUUUGGGGUGACCCCAGCUGACUCGGGCACAUAUAGGUGCUCCUACCACGUAGGGGGCUCCUACCUUCUGUCCUCACCCCUUGGGGAUAAUGUGACCCUGGAAGUGAUUCCUAGACCUGCACCCCCAGGUGUCAAUGGGGGACCCAGCAGGAACCUGGUGGCAGCAGUGGCGGGGGGCUGUGCUGCUGCCAUUGUCAUCAUCAUCGUCCUCACUGUCUCUUUCCUCCUUGUUGCCCAGAGAAGACGAAUGCAGAGAGAUGAGAGUUCUGGUGCCACCUCCAGAAGCCCUGAGGCCGUGCAGUUCCAGGUGUCCCCCGGUGACAGCGAGGGUCUGACCUACGCCCAGCUGCAAGCUGUGACCCCCAGCACCCACCCCCCCGGCUCUUCUACCACUUUUGAACCCCCCAUUAUCUACGCCGAGGUGGGCACGCGGGGACCCCGCUGAUGCCCCCAGAUGUGUACGCAAACACGGGUGUGUUGUGUGCACACAUGGACUUCAAGGGUGCACAGUGCCAGUGUGCUCGGUAUGCUCACCAUCACGUGUGAAUUACAGCCAUGUACCUGUGCGUGUGAACACGUGGAUGUGUAUUAAACGGGUGUGCACCAUCCCAUGUGCACAACAGGUGUACAAACAGACGUGUGGGACACGCUGAACUCUGUGCUUCUGUGUGUGUCUGUGCGAUGCCGUAUGUGUGCACCACCAGCUGUACACACUGCUGCUCAUGUGUGUCCUUAGCGUGUGCUCCCGGGGUCUGCACUACAUGUGUGCCUCCACAGCACAUGCAUGCCAUCAACACGUGCCCUCUGCCUGCACCACAUCUGUCCCCACAGCACACGCGUGUCCUUUCCGAGUGCUCCCCACAGCGCAUCUCCAUCAGCACAAGCCAAACCAGCCCCCAUCCCACAGUGGUUUUGGGGCAGGAUUUGUGGUGAGGAGGGAAAAUGCCUUUGGGUGACUGUUGGGAACAGGACAGAGGGGUUGUGGGGUUUUCCAGAAAGUGGGGGAGAAGAGGAAGUUUGUGUGUGGGAGGGCUGUGUGUGGGAGCGGCAGUGAGGGGAAGGGCAGGAGAGCUGACUUCCCCCUUUUGGUGGCGGAAGGGGAAAUGCUGGAGAGUUUGUGAGCUCGAUGGAGAUUAUGGAGUCCAGAUGGAGGAUUGUGGGUGGGCUGGAUGGAGACCUGUGGGGCCACAGGGAGAUCUGGCAGCUGCAUGAAGGGUCUGCAGUCUAAUAGAGGUUUGUGGCUGGAUAGAAAUGUGGGGUUGGUUUGAGGCUUUGUGGAGUGGAUUGUGGUUUUGGUGUAGAUGGGGUUUUGGGGUUUGAAUGAUGGAUUUUGUGGUUGAAUGGAGGCUGGAGGCUGGAUGUAGAGGCUGGGUCUGGCUGUAGAGAUCAGAGAUGCAUCGAGAUUUAGGGGUUGGAUACAGGUUACAGAGUAUAGAGAGAUUUUGUGGGAUGGGU